UGGCUCCCGCCCCACGUAGCCAUUUUGCGUUUCCUGGACAAAAAAGGGGGUUAGAUAGAAAGACAAUCAGACACAGAAUAAAAUUGGUCUUCAAAUCAUAUCGAGAAUCAAAAGUGCGGAUGUAACUGUGCAAUAUGAUAGGCGCAGGAGCGGGCGAGCAGGUACACCAGCCGCGGCCCGUAUUCAAAGUGGAAACAGUUGGCUAGCUGGCUAACGAACCGUUAGCGAGAGAGUGAGAUAAAGACUUCAUAGGCACUAAAGAGUUUUAGGACAUUCAUAUAUAUAACUUAUGUUCUUCUGCACGUUAGAAGGCGGACGUUGGUAGAAAAAUGGACCGUGUAUUGAUUUGAAACGUCGCAGCGGGCAAAAAACUGCAAACGCUACGGUUAUUUGCGGAGGAAGCCGGAUAACUGUUUAUUCACAAGGAAUAAAGAGGAGGAUCGCAGCACGCCACGGAGCCAGCCAUGCCUGCCAGUGUGCGUACUGGGACCCUGAAGGACUCAGAGGUGUCUGAGCUCUUCUACAGAGAUGAUCCUGAGAAGCUCUUCACUGAUCUCCGGGAAAUCGGUCAUGGCAGCUUUGGAGCUGUGUACUUUGCUCAUGAUGUGCGUUCAAAUGAAGUGGUUGCCAUCAAGAAGAUGUCGUUCAGUGGCAAGCAGUCCAAUGAGAAAUGGCAGGACAUCAUAAAGGAGGUGAAGUUCUUGCAGAAGCUCAGACACCCCAAUACCAUCGAAUACAAAGGGUGCUACCUCAGAGAGCACACAGCAUGGCUGGUGAUGGAAUACUGUCUAGGAUCAGCCUCUGAUCUUUUAGAGGUGCAUAAAAAGCCUCUGCAGGAGGUGGAAAUAGCUGCUAUUACCCACGGUGCACUUCAGGGCCUCGCCUACCUUCACUCUCAUAACAUGAUACACAGAGAUGUGAAGGCAGGGAAUAUUCUGCUAACUGAGCCUGGUCAGGUGAAGCUUGGAGAUUUUGGCUCUGCCUCAAUCGUUUCUCCUGCCAACUCUUUUGUGGGUACACCUUACUGGAUGGCCCCAGAAGUGAUCCUAGCCAUGGACGAGGGGCAGUACGACGGGAAGGUGGACGUCUGGUCUCUCGGCAUCACCUGCAUCGAACUAGCUGAAAGGAAGCCGCCCUUGUUCAAUAUGAAUGCUAUGAGUGCCUUAUACCACAUUGCGCAAAACGAAAGCCCUGUCCUGGCGUCAAACCAUUGGUCGGACUACUUCCGUAACUUUGUGGACUCUUGUCUUCAAAAGAUCCCUCAGGACAGGCCUACCUCAGAUGUGCUGCUCAAUCAUCAUUUCCUAUGUCGAGAGCGCCCCCAUUCUGUAGUGAUGGAUCUGAUCACGCGCACCAAAGACGCUGUGCGAGAGUUGGACAACCUGCAGUACAGGAAGAUGAAGAAGAUCCUGUUUCAGGAAACCCACAACGGCCCCACACAGGAAGGAGGAGAGGAGGAAGAGGAAGCAGAGCAGUACCUCCUGCAGACAGGCACUGUGAACAGUAUGGAGAGCUCUCAGUCUGUGCCCUCCAUGUCCAUCAGCGCCAGCUCCCAGAGUUCCUCAGUCAACAGCCUGGCCGAUGGCUCGGACGACAGUGCUGAGAUGGCCAUGAUGCAGGAGGGAGAACAGACUGUCACCUCUAACAGCUCCAUUAUACACCGCCCCACUGCACGUGAUAAUAUUUACGACGACCCCUAUCAGCCGGAGAUGGAGUCACAGCAGCAGCCGUCGUCGGCCGCUCGGAGGAGGGUGCACAGAAACCGAGACCAUUUUGCUACCAUCCGAACAGCUUCUCUGGUGACCCGUCAGAUUCAGGAGCAUGAACAGGGCUCAGCUCUGAGGGAGCAGAUGUCCGGGUACAAGCGCAUGAGGAGGCAGCACCAGAAACAGCUGCUGGCUCUGGAGAACAAACUCAAGUCCGAGAUGGAUGAGCAUCAGCUCAGACUGGACAAAGAGCUGGAGACCCAGAGAAACAACUUUGGCAGUGAAGCAGACAAGCUGAGUAAGAAACAUCAGGCCAUCCUGGAAAAAGAGAUUAAAGCUGCACAGACAGAAGAGAAGAAAUUUCAGCAGCACAUUUUGAACCAGCAGAAGAAAGAACUCAACAGCCUGCUGGAUACCCAGAAACGGCAGUACAGGCAACGCAAGGAGCAGCUAAAGGAGGAGCUGAGUGAGAACCAGUCCACGCCAAAGCGAGAGAAGCAGGAAUGGCUGCUGAGGCAGAAGGAGUGUCUGCAGCAGAUCCAGGCUGAGGAAGAGGCCUCUCUAUUACGGCGACAACGGCAGUAUUACGAGCUGCAGUGCAGACAGUAUAAGAGGAAAAUGCUGCUCGCGCGACACAAUCUGGAGCAGGACCUGCUUAGAGAGGACUUGAAUAAGCGUCAAACCCAGAAGGAUCUGGAGUGCGCUAUGUUGUUGAGACAUCAUGAGUCCACACAGGAGCUGGAGUUCAGGCAGCUGGCACUGGUUCAGCGUACUCGGGCUGACCUGAUCCGAACGCAGCACCAGAGUGAACUGGCCAACCAAAUGGAGUAUAAUAAGCGGCGGGAGCAGGAACUCCGUCAGAAACAUGCUGUGGAGGUCCGCCAGCAACCUAAAAGCUUAAAGACGAAAGAGCUCCAGAUCAAACGUCAGUUCCAAGACACGUGUAAGAUUCAGACACGGCAAUACAAAGCCCUGCGGAACCACCUGCUGGAGACCACGCCCAAAUCAGAGCAUAAAACCGUACUGAAGAGACUCAAAGAGGAACAAACUCGUAAACUGGCCAUCUUGGCCGAACAGUACGACCAUUCCAUCAAAGACAUGCUGUCCACACAGGCUGUGAGUAAGUUGCGAUUGGAUGAAACGCAGGAGGAUGAGUACCGAGCACUGCGCAUGCAGCUGCAGCAGGAAUUGGAGCUGCUGAACGCCUAUCAGAGCAAAAUAAAGAUGCACACAGACACACAACACGAGAGAGAGGCCAAAGACCUGGAGCAGAGGGUGUCUAUACGGAGAGCUCUCCUUGAGCAGAGGAUUGAGGAGGAGAUGUUGUCUCUGCAGAAUGAGCGUUCUGAGCGAAUCCGGGCUCUGCUUGAGCACCAAGCUCGAGAAAUCGAGUCCUUUGACUCGGAGAGCAUGCGUCUGGGCUUUAGUAACAUGGCACUGAGCGGAAUCCCUGCUGAGGCUUACAAUCAGGGUUACCCCAACCCUCCUUCCUCCGGCCCCGGGGGCUGGCCAUCCCGUCCCGUGCCUCGCUCAGGCAGCCAGUGGAGCCACGGUGUCCAAAACUCAGCGGCGCCGCCCUCCUGGCGAAGUCAGAACAGUACAGCCGGGUUCAGCCGAGGGGAGCAAAUCUCCAGCCGGGAGAGAGAUCGAGAGAGGGAUUUAGAUGGAAUGGGUGCCCGUGGCUUUCCGAGCUCUCGCUCCUCCGCCUCGUCUGCGUCAUCAUCAUCCUCGCAUCAUCACCUCCGCUACAUGCCGCAGCAUUACCACCACCAGAGUACGCCACACCUGUACCGCGACAGCCGAGAGAGGGAGUGGGGAGGUGGUGGUGGAGGAGGAGGAGGAGGAGGUGGUCACCACUCUUCUUCUUCCUCCUCUCAUGGCCAUUCGCAUCACAUUUCUUCCCAUGCCUCUUCCCAAUCCCUUGCUCUCCUCCCUCCACCUCCUCCUCCUCCACCCAUCUCUCUUUCAUCAUCUUCUCCCCCGUCCUCCUCCUCCUCUUCUUCAUCUCAGAGUGGCUACGGUGGAAGGGGCGAGAGCUUAGCUGUGAGGGGCCCCAGCCUUAUGGCUCUGAGAAACAGUCCAGGACCCCUUCGGAGAACCGCCUCGGGCGGAGGUGCUGGUGGGUCGGGCGGGGAUGGAGGUUUGAGCCGGAGUACAUCAGUGACGUCGCACAUUUCCAACGGAUCCCACCUCUCCUACUCAUAGAAAUCAGGCAGGAAGUUCAGAAUGUUUUGUGGGCUUUAGCAGGGGAGAAAAGGCCUUCACAUAGCUCGCUUAAGAGUUAAACGGAGGCGAGGAGGAGAAACAGUAUUUAGAUGGGCACACCUUUACUUAAAAGAAGAUAGAUCUCAGGGUUUCUGAUGGGUUAGUGAUUUGGGAGGGCUCAGGGUUUAGAUCGGGAACAGAAAAGAUUAGAUGUACUGUUACAGGAGCAGAAAGCUAUACUGUUGAGUGUGUGGGAGGGAAAGGAUGAAAAUAACACAAGUGGUGCCAAUGCUGUAGAUUGGGCUCAUCCUCGACUGGUCCAUUUUAGUUUUAUUUUAUUUUAAACGGUCAGACAGACCCAUUGAAUUCUGCUCUUUCAUGUCCAGGUAUUUUCUUGCACGUCUAAAGGUUUAAGAUUUGAACUUUUUACAGAUAUUAUUUUAUGCUUAAUCCUGGAUCAUAUUAAGCUGAAUUCAUUUAGUGCAAUUUAUUUCAAGAGGGUUUUAUUUUUUAAAGAAUAGUUUGCCAAAAAAUGAAAAAUCUUAUCAUUAUUUAGUCUCUCUCUUGUCAUUACAAAAUCUACAUACUGUUAUUUUUUUCAUAGAACACGAAGGAGAAUUUUUGGAGGAUCUUUAAGCAGCCCUUUUCUAGAGUUCUCACAAAAUCCAAAUUAAAAAAAAAAAAAAAAAAGGUAGUUUUUUUUUUACUUUUGUGCCAUAUUGAGUCUUCUCAAGCCAUUUGAGUGCUUUGUUUGAAAAGACCAAAACUUGGGUCUGAAAAUUAAUAAUACUUUCAUGCAUUAACGACAAAACAGCUUUUCAUGCGUCAGAACCAAACGUAGUUCGCUUUAUCUUUUUUUUUUUUUUUUUAGAGCUAUGAACUUGUUAUAUGGAAAAAAGCUGCUUUAAAGGUAAAGUUUGCCUAGAAAAUGAAAAAUACUCACCUGCAUUUCGCUCCAAACCUUUAUGACUGUUCUUCUGUGAAACAUAAUAGAAGAUAUUUUGCGAAAUGUCUCAGUGUUUCUGUCUAUACAUAGAAAGUAAGUGUUAAAAAAAGUCAGGUUUGACAUGACAGAAAAUUUCAUUUUUAGGUGAACUACCUCUGUAAGCUUUAAUAUCGCAGACAAAUGACAAAAUAACACAACACAGGUUUGAAAUGACAUGAGGGUGAGUGAAUAAUGGCAGAAUUAUUCAUUGACUCUGAGCGUCCCUUGAGUUUGAGCCAGAGGAUCUGAGCCAGAGGAUGAGUCCUACUUUUCUAUUUUACUGCUAACGAGAGCAGAGCGAGCGAGUCGGAUGCAAUAGAAGGUGCUGUAGCAUGUGCAGAAACUUGUUUCAGGGAGAUGAGGCGUAAACUGAGGAACUAAAAAGGUGAUUAAACUGAUUUUUGUGUAAUUAUGUAGAUAGUAACUAAAACAAUACUAAAAGAACAUCUAUCAGUGAUGGGUUUUAAACUGUACAUUUCUAUUCGAGUCAAGGACGGGAGGCAGUUUUUUUUUUUUUUUUUUUUUUUUUUUAAUGAUUUUUGUAUUCUGUAUUCUUUUGUUUAUUUUUUUUAAACAAUGCCACAUGUCAUACUGCCAUCUAGAGGCUCAGCUGACCUAAAGCAACUCCGCCCACUGUCCUUAUAAGGGCAAGCUGCCAUUUAAGUUGCAGUUGGUUUAAACUGGGCUGUAAUUCAGUGUCUGUUUUUAACGUAGGCUUGAUAAGAUUACUUUUAAAAAGAGAUUGAACCUGGCUAGGUGAAUAAGCCAUCUCCUUGACUCUAUAAUGCACACUGUGUAAAUAUAAUGUACAUGUCCAUAAGAGAAUUGGGUUACAAGUUUCUGUGCACAAGACUGAUGUACAGAGACCAUUUGUAUACAUACAUACACAACAGACGUUUAUAUGACUGAGUAUAUAUAUGUGUAUAAUACAUCACCUGUGGAAGGUUUGACGGGGAAAGUCGUCUGAUUGUUUCCUGUUCAACACUUUUGAUCUAUAUUGUACUUAUACAACAUGUGUAUAUACAAGCACUAACUCUUAUUUAGGGUAAUAAUAAUUUUGCUAUGUGAAUUGGAAAGUGGGACAUAAAAAAUAGAUACUGUCAUUAUUAUUACACCUACUACUGCCGCUGUAAUAUUUGUGUUGUACACUAAUUUUUCUUUUUGCAAUUUUUCUUUUUCUUUUUUAAGACUUUUUUUUAAUCAAUGCUUACCACUAGGUGGGAAAUGUUGGCAGUGUCACAGUGAGAAUUUUGAGUCUCGUUUUAGAUUUAAAAAUAAGUAAAAAAGGACUACCUAUCCCAGCAUUCCUUGUUACAUCUCAGGGUAGGAGUCUAUUGUGCAGUGCGUCGUCAGGAAGGUAGUAUUUUAGAGCCAGUAUUAAACUUGUACAGAACAUUUUAAGAGAUUUUAGCUGUAUAGAACAUUUCUAGACGACUGUAAAGUGUCUCAAACACCCCCCUCUGAUCCAGCAGGCUUUUCUCCCUCCAUCUUAUUUUCUGGAAUGCAUUACUUUUGUUUUUGCAUACUAACAUUUUAUGUACAAGGCAACACAAGAUGUUUACAUUGACAACCAAAAUCUCCAGCAUACCCUUAAGAACGUGGUGAAUGAUGAAGCUAGAUUUUGCCAGUAAUGUUUUUUUUUUUUUUCCCCUUUGGGAAAACCGAAAUCUUCUGUGCUCCCACACUGCCAGCCCUCUUUAGACACCAGCGUUCACUCGGACUCUCCCUCGGCCUCCUGAACCAAGGAGACGUGCAGUACCUCACUUCCCGGUGCCUGGCCAAUCACUUCUCGCUCCGUUUUCAGUGUUCACUUCAUUCCCUUAUGUCCUUCCUUACUUGGUUACUAAGAUCUAUGGACAGAAGAGGAAAAAAUCAAUCCUCAGCCCAUCUGUAACUCUGGGCUAUCAUGUAAUGUGUUUACAGCAACACAUGCUGGAUUCUUAUUAGUGUAUCCUCUUUUAGGGGGUGUUUCAGUAUCUGGUGGUAGAAACUUGAGGUAAAUGUAUGAAAUUACUGUCAUCAUCCUGCAGUGUUCGAAGGACUGGAGCUAUAAUGCAACUGCGGUUGCAGAUGUGUGGAAAAGUGUGUGCAGCCUGUGCUGAAAUGUAUUGCAAAGUUGAGAUGUUUGAAAGGCUGAUGGAGAGCAUGGUUGUUCAGGGAGCUCAGAAAAAAGGCCAAAUUACAUUCAGGUGAAAUGAUUACAGGAGAUCUCUUUAACACAUGGGCUAUAGAACUUGUACAGAAAAUGAUUAAGUCAUUAAAAAGGAUACAAACAAAAUGA